UGGUUUAUGAUCACUUUUUUUUUAAAAAGCUAAUACCAACUGGUUUGUUCUUCAGACAAAUAAGAAGACGGGAAAACCAAUGAUAAAUCUGUAUACAGACAAGGACACAGGGAAGCCAAAAGGAGAGGCAACAGUGUCAUUUGAUGACCCUCCUUCAGCUAAGGCAGCCAUUGACUGGUUUGAUGGAAAAGAAUUCCAUGGCAACAUCAUUAAAGUGUCCUUUGCUACCAGAAGACCAGAAUUCAUGAGAGGGGGUGGAAGUGGAGGUGGGCGACGAGGCCGUGGAGGAUAUAGAGGUCGUGGAGGCUUUCAGGGAAGAGGUGGAGACCCCAAAAGUGGGGACUGGGUUUGCCCUAAUCCGUCAUGUGGAAAUAUGAACUUUGCUCGAAGGAAUUCCUGCAACCAGUGUAAUGAGCCCAGACCAGAGGACUCUCGUCCCUCAGGAGGAGACUUCCGGGGAAGAGGCUACGGUGGAGAGAGGGGCUACAGAGGUCGUGGGGGCAGAGGUGGAGACCGAGGUGGCUACGGAGGAGACAGAAGUGGCGGUGGCGGCUACGGAGGAGACAGAAGUGGCGGCGGCGGCUAUGGAGGAGAUAGAAGUGGGGGUGGCUAUGGUGGAGACAGAAGUGGGGGCGGCUAUGGUGGGGACCGAGGAGGCGGUUACGGUGGGGACCGAGGAGGCGGUUAUGGAGGAGACCGAGGCGGAGGCUACGGUGGAGACCGAGGAGGCGGUUAUGGAGGAGACCGAGGCGGCGGCUAUGGUGGAGACCGAGGAGGAGGCUAUGGUGGAGACCGAGGAGGAGGCUACGGUGGAGACCGAGGCGGCUAUGGAGGAGACCGCAGUGGGGGGGGCUAUGGAGGAGACCGCGGUGGCGGUGGGGGCUACGGUGGAGACCGAGGUGGCGGCUAUGGAGGUGACAGGAGUGGGGGCGGCUAUGGAGGAGACCGAGGCGGCUAUGGAGGCAAAAUGGGAGGAAGAAACGACUACAGAAAUGAUCAGCGCAACCGGCCAUACUGAUGACUGUUUUGAAUGUUCCUUUGUCUCUGACAUGAUCCAUAGUGAAAUUGCCAGAGUUUUGCCUGCUGCUUUCCUCGUGGCCUCUUCUUGGGUAGUGAAAUGAAGUGACAUUUGGAUUUUUAUUUGGGUGGGAGGGCUGGGACAGUUUUUCUUUUAGAAAUGUCCAUUGAAAUUUUCCCGUUUAGUUUCCAACCUCCUUUCCAACCCUUGAAGCUAAGUGCGUUGUAAAAUAUUGCCAAAAUGGAAAGUGUUUUGUAUUACUGCAAUAAAGGCUGCUUGUUUUGUGGA